AUGGACCGCACAUGGGAGAUUGGGGUUUGGCUGCUGAUAGCCACGUGCCCCCACCACAGCCAGCUCCUCCCCAUCUUCACCAGCCCCCAUAAAAGCACUGCCCUGUGUGAGCACCAGCAUCCACCACUGCUUCCUGGCUCAGCUUGGGAAAGGGGCGCUCAGCUCUCUCACACCAAGAUGUCUUGCUACGACCUGUGCCCACCAAAAACCAGCGUCGCCGUGCCCCAGCCCAUCGCUGAGAGCUGCAACGAGCUGUGCGCACGCCAGUGCCCCGACUCUACGGCCUUCAUCCAGCCACCGCCCGUCGUCGUCACCUUCCCCGGCCCCAUCCUCAGCUCCUUCCCCCAGCAAGCCGUGGUGGGCUCCUCCGGAGCACCCGCCUUUGGCGGCUCCCUGGGGCUGGGGGGCCUCUACGGCGCCGGGGCCACUCAGGGCUCGGGGGGCCUCUGCACCUUUGGCAGACCCUACGCUUCUCCUGCCUGCAGCCCCUGCGCCUUGCCCCGCUACAGCAGGAAGCUCUGGAACACCUGCGGGCCCUGCUAA